GAAAACAAGUGUCAGUCAUUGACUGUUGUUGACACGAUCAAACACAAUUCUAAAUGCAGGACAUAGGCACAAAACGCAGUUGCUUUUAGAUUUGACCAGGCCCUGGACCAGGCCUACACUCAACGUCAGAAGCAACGUAAAGAUUGAAAAAUAAAAAUGGCUUUGGUACCUUGGACAUAUAAUAAUCCCAGGAUUCAACGCUCAAACUGCAGGGAACAAACAUACACGUUUUGUAACAAGAAUGUAACUGUUUAUCAAGAUACAGAGAAGGAAAUCAACGUACACAAUAAUACUGCUUUCAAAAUGUGGGAUGGUUCAUUCCUACUUGCAAAGUAUCUUGAAAAUAAAUGUUUAGGUGAUAGAACUAAUUCAUUUUUAAAGAAGAAGAAUUGUAUUGAAUUAGGUGCGGGUUGUGGCCUUGUUGGCAUAGUAACGUGGUUACUAGGGGCAAAUGUCACUCUGACAGAUAUGGACACUGUUGUCAGCUUCACAGAAAACUGUGUCGCUAAAAAUAUCGGCCAUCUUACAGAAGAACACGCAGAACUAAAUGCAAAUAUCAAUGUGAUGGAACUAACUUGGGGAAAGAAAGAUCUUGACGAUUCCAGAUUCUGUGCUUAUGACAUAAUAUUGGGAUCAGACAUUGUGUAUAGUCCUGAUAUAAAACUCAAUGAGAUGUUGAUAUCAACAAUGGAGAGUUUGUGGAAGGAGGAUACGGUGUUUAUCCUUUCCUAUAAGCCUCGUAGUUUGGGUGAAAAUAUAUUCUUUGACAUGUUAUCAGAGAGAAACUUCGCGACUCAUACGAUUCCAUCUACCCAACAUCCCAAAGAAUUCUCGGGAUCAGAUUACUCAAUAUUUCACAUCACAAGAUGACAAAUAAUGAAAUGGUAUAGAGAAAGUAGGCCUUGUCAAGCCCUUUCUACGAUCUGCGAUUUCCUUAAUAACAGAAUAAAGUAAUAAUAAACACAUAAUAGUUGAAGUUAUACUAUAGGUGUACACAGUGUACGUAGUUCGAAAGUUUUUUCCCUUACAAUGUCAUCCUCCUAAGCAGGUGUCCAGAAUCCGUACCUCCUUCUUCCCGGUAAAAUAAAGAAUAUAUCCCUGUGAUCGGAGGUUGUAACAAUGUUCAAUAAGUGAUACUAGUAACAUAUAUUGCAGAUUUAAAAUCAAUAUAUUUGUGUAAAGUGUUGGUUAGGCAGUUGCCUCGCUAGUCUCUAAUCUGGUUAGACA